UUACAUAAGUCAUACGGUCAACCAAAGGAAAUGUCAUUUAAGAUUCCGCAAACCGGUAUACAGCGGAAAUUAUUGGAUAUUAAUUUAGAUGAUAUUCAAAACCAUCAAAAUUCACAUGAUUUCAGUUUACAGCUCAAUAGCAACAUGCAUCAGUCUAAAGAUGAAUUUGAAAACCACGUGAAUCAAAGUUACUCAGAAUAUAAUUCAGCUUUCUGGACUUCACUCCGGAAUAUCUGGAAGCAUCCUGACCGUGAAGACACAAACUUAAUCACAGAUAAAGAUGACGAACAUAUGGAUGAGUUAAAACUAAGGGAACAAAAAACAUAUAAAGAAGAUUAUGAAAAUCACAGGACCAGGAAGAUGAGAGAACUUCAACCAAAAACUGGACCUAAUUAUUACGAAAACAUGGAUUGUUACGUACAUUCACCUGGAAUGACAUCUGACAGCAGUGACUGUGUAUCUUUAUCUAGUAUACUUGAUAUGUAAAUUUUUUAAGUUAAUAUUUUCAAUUUUUGACGUACUAUUAUAAAAAUAAACUACGCAACAUGACAGCAGUGAAUAUAAA